AUGCGAGUCGCUCAACAAAUUGAACCAUGGAGAGAAACUAGGCGACAAUUGCUGAACAAAUGGCAUGGCGUGCGUGUAUGUGAUGAACCGUCUCCAUGGUAUAUGAGUAUUCCAACUCCCUUUUCUCAACUACAUAAUGUUUUACCUGAAGAACAAGAAGAGAUGGUAUUCACUGAGCUGAAAUUGUUUUUGGUGGGUCAUCAAACGGAAAACAUUCGCAUUGAUCAAUUCGAUUCUCAUCUGCUUCCAGUUACCAUCGCUGUUAACAUUUCAUUCGAUCCAUUCAUUCGUUCACAGUUAGAGAGAUUUUAUGAUAUUCUCAUCACAAUUUCAACAAUUAAAAUCUGUUGCUAUUCAAUAACUCACGAUGCAGUCACAUUUUCCCCGAUUGGUUCCGCUGUUGCAGGAACUAUCGAGAAGAAAAUUAAUGGGUUUGUUACGAAUAUUUGUACGAAACUCAGUGCUCUUCAGGAGUCAACUCAACAAAUGAACAAUUUGUAUCGUGAAAUGCACAAAAUUCAUGAAUCAUUGACAUUUUAUUGUGGAAUCGUUCGUUCGAUUUACUUGGAACAACUGAUCGGAGGACAAGUAUUGACGCUAAUUGAUUCGAAAAGAAGAGAUGUUUUCUCGGGAAAUAUUCAAGAUUUGGAUGAUGUUUUCCAAGCUGGAUGGGCUGUUUUCGCAAGGUCUAUUGGCAGAUUAGUCUGUAAAUUUGAGGCCGACUAUUUGGAUUAUGAGUUUGUCAUCUGGUCGACCAAACAAAUGAAUGAAAAUCUCUACAAGAAACUGGCUUCCACUCAAACAAAGCAUACCAAAUCACCACGUUAUGUCAUCAUCGAUUCACUUUGUCCAAAAUUCUUCAUAAAAUAUUUGGAUAUUUUGGUGAGAUGCGCUGAGUUUGGAGACGCUUCGAAUGCUGAAAAUUCUCGAAAAGUAAUUGGACAAGUGAAAGGAAAAGAAUCCGUUGAAUCGGUAAUGGAAGAUGUUCGAAACGUUGAUUGGAGUAAUUUGGAUGUCAAUACUACAGUAAGAAUGUUGGGUCAAUUCUCGAGAAAAGAAUCAGCUUGCCUUUUACGAGAAAUCACUUCUGCUACAAAUGUUGAUCAAGCGAUUCGAGAUAUUCAUGAGUUAUUGAUUAAAGGAUCUUGUGCACAUGAUGUCAUGCUGUAUGGUCUGAAAGCGGAUAUUCUAUCGAAACCUGUUGAAGAAGUUGGCCCUAUCCGUAUGAAGAAGUUAACUAAUGAUGUGUUGGGAGCCGCAGCCGAGAAACAUCAUCCGUUCUGGAAAUAUUUCAGUUUCAUCAUUGAUCGACAAAACGUAUUCGAAAUGCUGGGACAGAGAACUCGUCUCGGAUCACAUAACAUUGAGCCAAGAGAAACUGUAACUCCAGCUCUUUUCGAAUGUAUUUCUGUUAAAAUGGACUGUCCAAUCGACAUUGAACCUAUUAUUUCGUCGUCGGCCGUUUUCACUUUGAUUCCAAUCUUCAGAAUUUGGUUGCAACUUCACGUAGCGAGCUACACGGUUGCUGAAUAUCGUGAUUCCGUUCGUGGUCAAAUGCCCUCACGUCAGCUCGGAGAUGUUGCAAAACAAAAGCACUUGAUGUACGCUUUGGAUUCAGAAAUUUCAAGAAUCAAACAGAAAUGGAUUGGAUACGUGAAUGUGGCAAUAACGUUGUACUAUGAAAGAGUACAGAAAGCUGUUUCAUUGGAUGAAUAUACUGAAUGUCAAGAUAUUUUGGCAAGAGAAGUCACUAAGAUGAUGGGAAUCACCGAAUUGUCUCAGUUGAAAAUCAUAAAAGACACUCUGAAUAUAAUCUGGAAUUACAACAAUCCGGACAGCAACCUCGACAGCUUAAUUGCAGAAUUUGAGACAGUUCAAUCAAUUGUUCAAAUGGAUAACAAUAUUGUUAUGGCUUAA